UUCGAUUAGUUCCGAUUGAAAUCAACGGUCAAUUAUUGUUUUAUAUCAAAUUGAACUUCAGGUUUGGAUUUUGAGAAUCGAAACCUGGGGUUUAUUCAUUAGAUAUUAGGGGAUAGUAUCAUAUCCAAAUUGAACUAGUAAUACAUGGCUAGCGUACCCAUGUGAGAUUCAAAAAUUCCGACAUAUUUAGACGAUAUGUUCAAAAUUAUCGUGGUAGCUCUGCCCCGGUAGCCUUGGACUUUAGGCUUGUUGUGCCUUUCGAGGAUUUCUCAUAUUAACCCACACAUGUGUAAUUGGCUUCUGUUGGUGAUUUGGUUUCAGGUGGUAAAUUGACAAGUAAUUUACUAUCAUAAUCAUCUUAAUCAUAUUUCAAAAGAAUCUUUAAAUAUGAAUCAUAUAUGUUAUAGCCGCCAAUAAAAAGUAAUUGAUUUGGCUCCUUAUUCACGUUUUGUUUGUCUGGACAUGGUGGACAAAGUCUCUAUUGAGGUGGCGACAGUUCAAUAAUAUACUAGCUUUGAACUCGUCCACCGAUCGAGUUCGUUCCAUUUUUUAUUUCACUAACCAAAUUACAAUUAUUUGUAAUAUAUUUAUUAGGAAUAAUUUGGGAUCUCUUACAUUGUAAUAGACUCUUCAAAGUGAUUUGUAUCCCCUCAUUUGAAAUCUCGAUAAAGGUUUAUGAAAUCAUGGCCUGAUAUAAGGUAAUAUUUCAACCAUCCACUCAAUAUUUAGUUUUGACCUUGCUAUGUAGGUAGUAAAUUUGGUAAAGGAUAAGUUUAUUGUUCACAAUGGAUUUUAAUUAAUAAUGUCACCCUGCAGCCGGUGAUGUGGCAGUUCGCAUGGCAUGGAAAAUUACGUAUGUACACCUAUCGUUAGUUUGGGAAACGAAAAUGAUAACUAUGCAACCAGAAGUUAACUUAAAUGGUUUAGUUACAACAAAAUGCACUUAGUUGAUUAACGCAUAACAAAUAGUAAAAUUAAGUGGCACAUGGUGCAAUUAACCCUUGUUAUUUUUAAUUCUACUUUUGUAUAAAUGAAUUCCAUAAGUUUUGAGAAAUUCAUUUUGAAAUAAAACAUUUUUGUGUUUGGUAUUUAAAAGAAUUCAUUUUCAAUUCUAAAUUUUGAAAUAUAUGGAAUUGGAACUACUUAUAGUAAUUCCGAGGAAUUGAGAUGAAAUUUCCAAAUGAAUUCCACCAGUAUUUACUAAUUAUAAUAGAGUGACAUAAUUAUUCUCUUUUAUUAACUAAAUUACUUAUACACAUGACAUACCAAACACAAGAAUUCAUUUGACGACUAAUUAUAGACGGCAAUUCAUUUUUAUUUUUAAAGAUUUGAAUAUAACCUAUCAAACACAAGAUUUCAUUUGAAAAUGAAUUCUACCCAGCAAUUCAUUUUACAAUGAAAUGAAUUCUCGAUUCAUUUGGUACCAAACGGUCUGUAACUGUCGCAGGAGAGAAAGGUAAAAAAAAUAGUAAAAAAGAAUGAAUUUUCAACCUAGGAAAGAAAAAAUACUUUAAAUAGCAUGAAAAAAUAAAAUAGAAAGCGGUAACCACAAACAGACAAUCCAUAAGAGCAUCUAAAUUGGUCUUACAUUUCCAAUUGUUAGAUGACAUGGGAUUCCCAUGGCAACAAUACCCGAACCCACGGGUACCCACCCGACCCAACCCGGUUAAUGCGGGUAAAAUCCGUGUUCGGGUUUAAACUCGCUACACUAUUCACCGGGUCGGGUUGGGUUUGUGUUUAGGUAAACCCGCCCCAUGGGUACCCGCCCACACACAUAUAAUUACUUUCCAGGUAUAUUUAAUAUUCUAAAUAAUAUAUCUUCCUUAAACAACUAAUAUUCUUUAUGUUUGUGGAGACAUGUAUAAUUUGUUCUUUCUAAUUGUUUAGAAUGAAGUUGAUAUUAUGAAGUGGAGAGUGAAGAAACUUAGUUGACGAGGAAGAAGCUUUCAAUUAAUCUUAUUGUUUAUAGAUGUUUAUCUUUAAUUUUGAACAAUUUGUAUUGAUCAUUUGCGGUUUGCUUGUAUGCUCUAGAUUGGUGUUUUUUGUAUGAAUAAUUUGUAUGAGAAAAUUGAUGUUAAACUUUUAUUUUGAAAGAAACUUGUUAUUGUAAAUUUUUUACCACAAAAACCCACGGGUACCCAUGAACCCGCGGAUACCCAGCGGGUUGGGUUGGGUUUGAGUUUUUCAAACCCAGCGGAUUUUACCCCGGAUUUUUUGGCGGAUAAACCCAUGGAUUUGGGUUUGGGUUUGACAAAACCUGCCCCAACCCGACCCAUUGCCAUCCCUUCACAUGAGAUGCGUUCUUAAAAUUACAAAACCAUUUGCAAUAAUAGGACUACCCAUUACAUAUUUGCAAGUUUGGAACACAUGUAAUUUUAUAUGAAAGCCAAAAUGAUCUAAGAAAUGAGGAUUGAGUGAACUACCAAAAUUCAAAUCCUCCAAACUUAGUUUUCCACUCCUUCGAUCUCUAUCAAGACUUCAUGCUCAAUUGAUUAAAGUAGUUCAUAGUAUCAGCCAUGAUGUAGCAACCCUAAUAGAAGUAUAUUUUUUAAAAAGUUUGGUAGGGAUUAACAAUUUGAAAUUGAUAACAUGAGAAAUUUCUUGGAAAUGAAGGAAUUGGUAGGUUGACAUUUAUCAGGCAACUCGUACACAAGUUCAACGGAAAAAGAGCAGUGAAAAUAUUAAUAUAUAUAAAGUUGAAGUGAGGAGUUAGGUUACGGUUACCUAAUAAUUUAUAUUUUGAUACCCCAAAUUUAAUUAAAUCACAGCUUAGUCAUUAUAAUGUAAGUUUUACAUUUUGAUACCUCAAAUUUAAUUAAAUCACAACUUAGUCACUAUAAUGUAAGUUUUACAUUUUGAUACCCCAAAUUAAAUUUUAAUAUAAGAUCAUUGAACAAUUAUAUUUUGGUAUCUAAAUUAAUUAAUAUAUAUAAAGUUGAAGUUAGGUUACUGUUGCUUAACAAUUUACAUUUUGAUACCCAGAAUUUAAUUAAAUCACAACUUAGUCACUAUAAUGUAAGUUUUACAAUUUGAUACCCCAAAUUUAAUUUUAAUAUAAAAUCAUUGAACAAUUAUGUUUUGGUAUCUAAAUUUUAUGAGAUUUUCAUACGUACAAUUUUUUCAAAUUUACAUAUUUGUCCAAUAUUUAGAUUUCACUUGAGUCCAUGAAUCCAAUCCACCAAUCCUUUUGAACCAAUCCAUGAAUCCAAUCCACCAUAACAUAAAAGUAUAAAUUUAGUUUGUAUAAUACAAAGUUUUGUAUCACUCAACCGUAGAAGAAGAUUCGACCAUUUUAUAUUUGCUCGUUAAUAUAUAUUGCUAGUGGAUGGAAAAUAUGGAUUAAACUAUGAAUAAUUUUAUUAUGAAAAAGCUAUCAUGGGUUGAAUUCUGUAAUCUUAGUAGUUGAAUAUUUCUCAAAUCUCAACUAUGAUUAGUUAGUUAGUUUUAUACCAAGUGCAACAAAGAAUAUCCCUAUUUUAUACUAACAAGAAUCUUUCUUUAUGUUCCAUAAAACAAAAAGAAUAUUUCCUAAGGCCAAGGGCAUUUUCACCCAUAUGCCACCAAACAUUUUUAGAUUAAAAAAUUAUUUGUCAUUACUAUAACACAUAACGGUUUUUCUUAAGUUUGAUGUAGAAUCGUGGUUGGCUGAUGGAUUUAUGUAUAGUUAAUCUGUCGUUAACAACUCUUAUGUAAUUGAUUUUUUUUUCUUUUCUCAAUUUGGUUGAUAGUAUUAAUUUGCACUCUUAUUUUCAACAAUGUCAUCUUGACUACUAAAUGUGUGAGUGAAAAAACACACGUUUGGUGGAAAUUUUUACUAUUAGGAGUAAAACAGAAUAAAGAAAUAAAUAAAUACUUGAAGAAAUAAAACUAAGAGGGUGGAAAUAAGAUAGGGACUAACAGUGAACUUUCUGUAAAAUUGAGGUGCAAUUAUGUGAAUUUCCGUCAUGUGGCCCAAAAUGCCUCAAGAACGUGUUAGUACAAAAGACUAAUGGCGGAAGCGGACACUUGUGAUUCACUGAUUUGCCUAAUUGCCUAUAAAUGUCUGAGAGUCCAGUACCCAUCUUCAGUCAUUCUUCCGCCAUUGAUCGAUUCGAUUCCUUGGCAUCAGAUCAUUCUUCAUCCUCCUUCUUCCCGCGUAGGAUCACAGCCAUUUCCAACCAUCGCUUCUCCGAAUCCAUCCCAUUUCCCCUGAAAAACUCUCUGAACCACCACCGUGAUUCUUCGGAAACAUGACUGGCACCGCUGAUACAUGCAGUAGCAGUUCUCUCGCCAAACUCGCUCCAAUUCAAGCUGUCCUUUUCGAUGUCGAUGGAACUCUAUGUGAUACAGAUCCAAUUCAUCAUCGCGCCUUUGUUGACCUGCUUCAAGAGAUCAACUACAACAAUGGGGAACCAAUAUCAGAGGACUUUUUCAUCAAGAAUAUUGCUGGAAAACACAAUGAGGAAAUUGCAGAACUCUUUUUCCCAGAUGACAUACCUCGAGGCAUAAAGUUUAUGGUGGACAAGGAAACCUAUUUCCGGAAAUUGGCAGCUGAGCACAUUACAGCAAUAGAAGGCCUCUACAAAGUGACGAAGUGGAUCGAAGAUCAUGGCUUGAAACGCGCUGCAGUCACCAACGCUCCAAAACCCAAUGCUGAGCUCAUGAUCGCGAAACUUGGGCUAACAGAUUUCUUCCAGGCUGUCAUUCUGGGAGACGACUGUGAGCAUGCUAAGCCACACCCUGAACCUUACCAGAAAGCACUAGAGGUGCUCCAAGUGUCGAAGGAGCACACAUUCGUGUUUGAGGAUUCUGUAUCUGGAAUUAAAGCUGGAGUUGCAGCUGGAAUGCCGGUUAUCGGUAUAACCACGAGGAACCCUGAGGAUAUGUUGAUGCAAGCUAAGCCUACAUUUCUGAUCAAGAACUAUGCCGACCCCAAAUUGUGGGCUGCUCUUGAAGAAGUUGAUAAAGCCAUGGGAGCUGAAAAUGGAGCUUCAACUUGAAGAGGGAGGGACUGAUAUGGUUAGCAAUCAUAUGAUCAGCAUUCAAUAGUACUGUUACUUUCACCUGACCAUAGCUCUGCCAUGCAAGCCCAGAUACAUCUCCGAUGAUCUUGAGUAUUGAAUUACUUGAAAGAAUGAAUGUCGAAACUGGCUUCUAGCCAAAAUUAUUGUUAAAAGUGGUUAUUUCAACUUCAAUGUAAUAAAUUUAUGGCUUCGGAAUUUCUUAGUUACAUCUGUGAUUCUGGACUACAUCUGGUCUCAAGAACUCUGUCCUCGAAAGAAUGGCCAAACCAAAGAACUCAGCCCUCGAAAUGCAAGAACGAAACCAUAACAAAACAGAACUAGAAGAAUAUGCGGUAAAAACGCCUGCAUAGGGCACAUUCCAACAUUAGUACAUAAAUUAGUUUGGAAACAGUGGACUUGAUCAUCAGGAACAAUGACGAAAUCUUUUCCUCCGACCAUUACACGUCAGUUUAUUCACACACACAGAGGAAAAAAAAAGACCAUUACGUCAGACUAGACAUAUGCUUGAAGAGGAAAAGAUGUGGUUGGAAAUUUGAUGCAUUUUAUCAAAUACUGGUUUACUAAGGAAACCUACUGCCGAUAGGCUUCUAGCCAAAUGAUCAAACAACAAUUAUACGGAGAUUCCCCUUCAUCACCUAUCCUAUUCCCUUUUCUCUGGCCGCUGCGCAUACAACGGAAGGACUCCAUGGUAAUUUUAUUUCAAAUUUCGGGUGGGCUUCUUGCAAUAUAUACGUUCCCAGUUCCCUGGAAUCAAUGAGCUCAUAUAUGCACAUCCAAUUAUGAUGUACCAGCCAACAGGCCAGUUUUCCCUAAAAAUUGAGAUUAAUGGCCGAUUCUCUCAAAUGUGUACCGUCCACAUUCUUUUAUCCCCUCAUCGAUAUUUUGUAUUAUGGGCUUGGAAUAAUUAAUCAGAGGAAUGGAUCACGUCAGUAACCUUAUGGUGGGUAACUAUGAGUAACCCGUCAACAUCAGCAUGAUCAGCAUCCUCUCUCUCCUGGAAAGCCUUUAAUUUUCACCUCUUUAAUCUUUGACGAAUGAUUUCUCACUCAUUUUAAGUCAAAAUUUAAACUUUUUUUUUUGCACAGUUAGAUCAGAUUAAUUGUGCUCUUCAAAAUGAUAUCCACUUAAUAUAUUUUUCGAACAAAAAAAUUGAGUCAUUUUUUACUAGUCUAUACCAUAUGGUAUUGACUGGUAUUUAAAUAAAAGCAUAUCUAUGGUUUGAAAAACGUAUCAUGGUGGUAUGAACAAACCAAGACUGUAGGAUGGUUGAAUACAUGAUAGAUAAAUGUCAUUCUCGCAAAUAUUGAUAAUCAUCUCCUCAUUUCAUUCAGGGAGAGUAAAAAUGAAAUCACAAAUAUUGGUAAUCAUCCUCUUAUUUCAUCCAUGGAGAGUAAAAAUGAAACCCAAUCCCCACCAAAAUAUGACAAGAGCUCAACAAAUUGAAGUGGAGAAUGGAGAGGAAGUAAACAUCAAUUUCAAUCUAGCAACUCAUUCAUAUUAAAAUGCUAACUCUUUCUCUAAUGUGUAGAACAAUUUAUAUUCCUUCCAGUACAAAGUUGUUAAAGUUGGGAAUCGGUAUAGUGCUAUGCUAGACACAAACCUAUCUAUCAAAAGUAAAAAAGACUCCCACAAGUACUUUUGUGUGAAUUGUGCAAGAACAUCAAAGACUAUAUCAACUAAGUAGUAAUUCAUUCUUCUUAAUUUCAAAUUCAUUCAAUUGAGGACAAAUCAUCGUACCUUUUAAACACAAAUUGUUUGACUUAAAUAGUUGAUCUUAAUUGUUAUAAUUUUGUAUGUUUCUGAUCUAGGUCCGAGUUGUGGACAAAGUAUUACCAGAUAAAGACAAUGAGGACUU